CGCGGUGCCUUCCAAGCGACGUAUCCGACGGAGCGCGAUUUUAAAUCUGAAACGCGGCGAAAAGUAAUCGUCGGGAUUAGAUUUUCUCUUUCUGUUGACGUUCUUUCGAAUCAUAAGUCGUGAAGAAAGGGCAAAGAGAGGGCGGCGAAGAGAGGAGAAAAAAAGAAGAGAGAAAUAGAAUAAAUUCUCUCGUUGUAUGUUUGUGCUGCGAGAGCGCGUAGGAGCGAUGCGCGUUCGACGCGAGAAGCGCGCUCGUCGGUCCGUGGUAGGUAGUUAUUCAAUUGAGAAGUGCGCUCCCGUCUGACAUAGUUCAGUCGACGACGAACUUACAUCUACACCGGAAUUUGCAUCUCUUCGUCGCUUACCGUCGCGUACUCGGCCUUUUCUUUUGCUCUCUUCUUUUGCCCUCUUCGUUUGCUCUCUUCUUUUGCUCCCUCUGCACCCUCCUUCCCGUUGUCAUCCUCCUCUCCCCCGCUUUCCUCCCCUCCCCCUCUUACCCUUCCUCCUCCUCCUGCCUUCCUCCUCCUUCCCCCCACCCCCCUUCAUCCCGACGACCUUUCUUCUCGGCUUUCUCCAUCGGUCAUUUACGAUCACCGAAGAAGAGGAAACCAGGAACAUAGGGAGUUUCGGUUCUUUCGUUGAUCGCACGUUCGAACGUGUUAAAAUUUAACAGGCGACGAAGAUGUCGUCGAGCUUCUUCCACCGUUAUUGAUAUCGACGAUGGAUGCCAUGGCGACCGAUCUUUGCGCGAACGGAACUUUGAAAGCGACAUCAGGCAGCGUCGUAGAUAACAUUAUGAGGCAACGCAAGUCCGGUGCAUUGGAUGCCACGGCGCCGAUACCGUCGGAGAAGGAGCAGCUAAAGUUUCAAGAUAACAGAUUCCUCACGACUUUGGUACUCGGUAGGAGUAGAAAGAUCUCACCGGACGUAUUGCCAUCCUGCCCUUCUGGAAUAUUUCGACAAAGAUCCCUUCGUUCGACGACUCCUACUAAGUUAUCAACGUCGACGGCGACGAAAAGUGACGGAGAUCGUGAAGAAGCGUCGCAGGUAACGCCAAACGAUCGACAAAACUCUACGCGAGUCUUUUCGACCGUUUUAUCGAGCGUUCUUUCGAGCGGUAUACGGGAGAAAAGCAACGUUUUAAACAACAACAACAACAACAAUCAGAACAACAACAAUAACAACAGCAACAACAACAACAACAACAACAACAACAACAACAAGAAAAGCGGUAAUAGUAAGAAGAGCAGUGUGGUCGGUGGUGGAGGCGGCAGCGGUGGCCUCAGAGGUCAGGCGGCGCGUGCCAUACGAGCCGGCGGUGGUGGCGAGAGCGGAGGUGAGAGCGGAGGCGCCGCCUCGUUACUCGCAAGGGGCGCCAGAGCUGCCAGUAAGCACGCGCGCCUUGGCACGGCACUGGCUAACAAAAUGGCGUCUGCGAGCUCAACCGCGGUCGUGCAAGGCUGGCCAAACACCAAGGACGACUACGAGCUUAAAGAGGUUAUCGGUGUUGGAGCCACUGCAGUAGUACACGCAGCAUUUUGUAUUCCACGCCAAGAAAAAUGUGCUAUAAAGAGAAUAAAUUUAGAAAAAUGGAAUACCAGUAUGGACGAGUUAUUGAAAGAGAUACAAGCAAUGUCUUCUUGCAAUCACGAAAAUGUUGUAACUUAUUAUACAUCGUUUGUCGUAAAAGAAGAACUUUGGCUUGUUCUAAGACUACUAGAGGGUGGAUCUCUGUUAGAUAUAAUCAAACAUAAAACUAGAACCACCAACUGCAAGCAUGGAGUAUUCGACGAGGCUACGAUAGCUACCGUACUUCGAGAAGUCCUGAAAGGUCUUGAAUAUUUUCACAGCAAUGGUCAAAUCCACAGGACCAUGGCUAUGAUUUUAAAGCAGACAUUUGGUCGCUCGGUAUCACUGCUAUCGAAAUGGCAAGCGGUACCGCUCCUUACCACAAGUAUCCACCGAUGAAGGUAUUGAUGCUCACUUUACAAAACGAUCCACCUACCUUAGACACAGCGGCGGAUGAUAAAGAUCAGUAUAAAGCUUAUGGUAAAACAUUCCGUAAAA